AUGGCGGCCGCGCAAAUGGGCAGGGUUGGCAUAACAGCAGAGGAGGCAGAAGAUGGGAUGAAGGUGAUCGCAAUCAAGGAGGGCUCGGCAGCCGAGAAGCAUGGUGGAGUUGCUGUCGGUGAUGUGAUCAUCAUGGCAAACGGGCUGCCACUGAAAGGGAAAACUCUGCAACAAUUCGCCGUAAUCAUGGGGGGGCCUGUUGGAUCAACUGUGAAAUUGCUGUGUGGAAGAGGAGGAAGGACGUUUGAGAUUGAAAUAAGGCGUGAAGGUGACAGCGCAACAUCUCAGGAGAGGAAAAUUUUCCUCACCAUGAGAGGAAUGGACUUAGAUGCAAAGGAUUCGGUGCUGCUCGGAGGAAAGAGCGACCCCUACCUUGUUUUCAGAUCGCCGUCAGGUGAAGAGGUCUUCCGUACGGAAGUGAUUAAGAACGAGCUCAAUCCGGUAUGGAAGCCUUUCGAGGUUGACUUGAACAAGCUGUGCGGGAAUGAUCUUCAAAGGAUGUUCCUGCUCGAGUGCUGGGACAAAGACUUCAUAUCGAAGGAUGAUAUGAUCGGGAUGCUUGAGGUGAACGUCGAAACCUUGCUCAAAGAAAAGGAACUGCAGCUUCGAGACAAGAACAAAGUCCGCAAGCAUGCCAAACCUCCCCCGUAUCCAGGAAAGCUUGGAAUCACUAAAGCUGUUUUGCUCGGUGACGACGACUACAAGAAUCUGUUUGAUAAGUACAGUCUGGAAGAUGAGGGUUCUGCGCUCAAUGUUCUCUCUCUCGAAGAGCGUGCGGAAGUCAAGGGCCUGUUGAUACCUGCUCCCCUCUCCGGAGAAUUCGAAGAUGUCGCACAGCUAGCAAGCCUGACACGAUGA